CAUACAUCUCGUCUGAUCAAGCGUUAAUUAGGUGGAUCAAAUCAAACCCCCUGUUAUUCUCUCCUUGCUGCAAUCACCUCAAAACCGGACCCAGAUGACCCCACAUGAGUCCAGCGCUUUUGCGUGGCUGGGCUUUUGGUUUCUUUACGGUAAGGUGGACCUGCACUGUCAGCACAGGCAGGAGUCAGGUGAUCCACCGACUAUUACGCGUAGGUUGGACCGUAAGAAAAUACAAAAAUGACAUUUUGUAAAUACAAGAGCAUCAUUUCGGCGCUCCGCGAGGCUGGAAAAUGCACCGCGCGACACGGGCUCAUCUUAUGAUGCGCUAAAAUCCCCGGGGAAUCGAGCGUUUGUUGUGUAUUUAUGAUCAAAUAUCAUCCGUGAGCGCCUGGCCGCAUCAUGGGGCUGUGCUACAGUCUGCGUCCCCGCUUGUUCGGGAACCUCAGCGGAUCCAUUUCCAACGCCAACUCGGAGUCAGAUCACCAGCCUCCGGAUCCCGGGAUGAUGAUGAUGCCGUCGUGCGUCCGGGGCUCCAGGCAGCGCGAUGAGGACUCUGGGGGAAACGACGGGAAAACAUCACCCACCUCCCCUUUGCGCAGCGGGGACGCCGGUAAAGUCCCGGCCGGGGAGCUCCGCCGUGGAGACGCGGACCGGGCGCUCAUCCAGAACGGCGGAGGAGGAGGCGGGAAGAGGAGGCUCCAGCUGCUCCAGACACCUAGCAGCGCUCAAAAACACAAGAACUGGGACAAACUGGUGGUGGUCGAGGAGAAGGAGGCCGAGAAAGAGGCCAAGAAAGUCAGCAAGAACAUCGACAGGGCCUUGAAGGAGCUCAAGCGGGAAUACAAACAGACACACCGGCUGCUGCUCCUGGGGGCUGGCGAGUCGGGGAAGAGCACUAUCGUGAAGCAGAUGAAAAUCCUUCACGUGAACGGCUUUAAUGCGGAGGAAAAGAAACAGAAAAUUCAAGACAUUCGCAAAAAUGUGAAGGACGCCAUCGUGACCAUAGUGUCUGCAAUGAGCACUUUAAUACCACCUAUCCCACUCGCUAAUCCGGAGGACCAGUUUAGGAUCGACUAUAUAAAAAGCAUAGCGCCGCUCUCCGACUUCGAUUACACGCAGGAGUUUUUCGACCAUGCAAAGAAGCUCUGGGAAGAUGAAGGCGUCAAGGCGUGCUACGAACGGUCAAAUGAAUAUCAGCUAAUAGACUGCGCACAAUAUUUUCUUGACCGGAUUGAUGCAGUAAGACAAAGCGACUAUACUCCAACAGACCAGGACUUGCUUCGCUGCAGAGUGUUAACAUCAGGGAUCUUCGAGACGCGAUUUCAAGUAGACAAAGUCAACUUUCAUAUGUUUGAUGUGGGAGGUCAGAGAGACGAGAGGAGGAAAUGGAUUCAGUGUUUUAAUGGUAUUUUACAUGCAUAAUUCUUGCCACCAGUU